UGCGCUUGCCUGUCGACGGGUGAUGGCAUGGCAAUGUGCUAUUUUAUUUCGCUCCGAUUUAGUCCAUUUCGGUGAGAGCUCGCGGUAACAUGUCGUCUGCUGUGGUGGACUCGGCGGUCUUUUUCGGUGUUGGCGGUGUUGGUGGCUGUGGGAAGGAUAUUUUGGAACUGGAUAUUCCAGACGGUGAUGGCGACAGUGCUAUUUGGAAAGAAGUUCUGGAGGAAGAUCUGAUGGACGGGGUGGACGAUGCUGAGCAAUUCGUGGAUUUUGUGCUGCUGGAAGAUGGAGAAAUGUUGGAUCUAGUGCAGAGAGAAAAUGAACAGGUUCAAUGCACUCCUACGCACGAAAGGAGUGAAAUCGAUUCAUCCAAGAACGCGUUACGUAACGGAGAUGGUGGAAAGAGGCGUACCAAGGAAACACCCAUCGAGUCAGCUGACGUUGAUGGUAGGCGACGCAAGGACGAACCUGGCAACAAUGUUGCAUCGAAAUGUUCGGCGUUCAAAUGUGGUGUUUGUUUGCUGCGAUUCAAAAUCAAGGCUCACUUGAUUAGACACAUGCUUUUGAGGCAUCGCCAAGACGCUGUCGCGAAGCAGGCUGAGAAGAUUUACAGCAGGUGUUUGCGAUGCAACGAGCUUUACUCUUCAACAGCCGACCUGGAAAGUCAUCUCAAAGAGAAACACAGGACUACGUUGUUGUGCGAUAUCUGUUUACGACUGUUUGAGGAUGAGAAAUCCCUGAACCGCCAUCGAGUGUUCCACUUGGGCACCAAUCCGUUUACGUGCGAGGUAUGCAAUAAGCAGUGCAAGAACUCCAGUCAUCUGCACUUCCAUCGAAGAAGCCAUUUCACUGCCGAUCUCGGAUACGGUUGUCCACACUGCCAGAGACGAUUCUCUUCUUCAGGAAACCGUCAGAAACACAUCGCUCGAGUCCACAUCCAGGAUAAACGUUACAAAUGUCCCAACUGUCAGGAAUCCUUCAUCUACACACGCCAGUUGAAAAUUCAUCUGGAACGGUCUCAUCUCACCGCGGAUCCCGGUUCUCAUCGUUGUCCUGAUUGCAACAUACCCUUCAAGACCAACGAAGAACUCGUCAAACAUCGCGAAUCAGCCCAUUACCACAAACUGAGACCUCACGCCUGUGACCAGUGCCCUUCGCGCUUCAAACAGCUUGGUCACCUGAAAACACACAAAUUAACACACUCAGGCCUAAAACCGUUCAAAUGUGAUCGCUGUGAAAAGCAGUUCCGCACCGGAACUGACCUCAAGGUGCAUCAACGCGGCGCGCACAGCCGGGAGAAACCGUUCCGUUGCGAGCAGUGUGACCGGUGCUUUAUCGUGGGAUAUCUUCUGAACCGGCAUCGGCUCAAGGCACACUGCGAUCGCGAAGGUUCAAAAAAGUGCUAGUAGCGACAAAAAACUUUAAAACGAUACAGGUUCUCUGUCAAUGACAAUAAAAAUGUAAUUAAAUUACCUUUACAGUAGACUGCGAUAAUAAAUGUUGAACGAUGAAGUGUUUGUUUAGAACGCCAUAACAACAAUGACGUGUAGUUUUAGUUGGAUUUGUGAACUUGAACCCGUCCCGGAACUGUGAGGAGGAAAUCACUAUCAAGACAAAAGGAUGGCAUGCAAUCGUUAUCAGCUGCGUUCCAUCUGAAGUGCUUGUAUAAACAUUCCAAUAAAUGCAAACAACGCUUGCAAUAGCGAGACAA